UUUACUGGAAAGCAAAAAGCCCAUUGAAUAUAAACAAGCAGCUAGUACUUGCGACUCGUCCAUGUCUAUGAGAGAGAGAGAAAUAUGGAAGUAGAUGGCAGCAAAGGAAACAUGGCGGAUUCACCGACCAACUCUCAGCAAACAGUUUCUGAUGAUGAUGAAAUAGACUACUCUGUAAAACCAGAGUUCUAUGAUCCUAAACUUGAUGAUAAAGAUGAAUUGUGGGUUCAAAAGAGAAGAAAAGGUCACACCUCUGAUGCUGUACUUAGUUGCCCGGCUUGUUUUACAACUCUCUGUCUGGAGUGCCAAAGGCACGAAAAAUAUGUCACCCAGUACAGGGCAAUUUUUGUUAUAAAUUGCAAGAUUGAUAGUGAUCAAGUCUUGAAGCAAAAUGGUCCAAAACUGAUAAAAGGCAAGAGCAGGAGGGAAGCAAGUUCUGUUGGUGGUGAAACAUUGAAGAAAGUAAGCUGCUCAGCUUGCUCGACAGAGGUUGGAGUCAUUGAUGAAGAUGAAGUUUAUCACUUCUUCAAUGCCCUUCCAAGUGAGUCUUGACUUGACAUGCCUAGUUUCAUUAGGUUUGGCAUUAAAUGGGUUGUGUAUGUACAAUUUUGUCCUGGCUGUUCUGAAUUUCAUUGUUAAAAAAGGUUUAUUGCAUUGUCAGAGUUAUAUGAAUGCGUUUUGGUCUUGUAUUGCAAAAGCACCUUUUAAUGCCUACUUGUAUGUAUAGUUGGAGAAAGCCUCUAAACUAAGUUUCAAAUGAAAUACCUUACGAGAAAAUAAACGGCUCUGUUGUGUAUGCCUA